GCUGGACUGGCUGCUAACUCUACCCACUUGGCUCCAAGCUCCAGCAGCUAAUGGGUGGACUCUAUACAUGACCAAUCAAAUCCUGACACUGGCCUUUUAUCUGGGGAGCUGCCACAGUGUUAAAAGCAGAGAAACUCCUACUGAAAGCCACUUCACUAUCUAGUACGUCUAGGUAAAAAAAAAAACCAAACAAACAUUGUUCCAUCAUGGCAUCUGCUCUCACUCUCAAUACUGGAGCACGAAUGCCCAUUAUAGGUCUGGGAACAUGGAAGUCCACCCCAGGAGAGGUCACAGAAGCUGUAAAGGUGGCCAUCCAGGUUGGUUACCGUCACAUUGAUGGGGCUUAUGUCUAUCAGAAUGAGGAAGAGGUUGGGGCCGGCGUCCGUGCCAUGAUUGACCAAGGAGUGGUAAAAAGAGAGGAACUUUUCAUCGUCAGCAAGCUAUGGAGCACAUUUCAUGAGAGAUCUCUGGUUAGAGGAGCCUGUGAGAAAACCCUGAGUGACCUAAAGCUGGACUAUCUGGAUCUCUACCUGAUGCAUAACCCUAUGGGCUUUAAGCCUGGAGAAUCCCUCUUUCCUCUUGAUGCUGAGGGCAAAGUCAUUCCAGAUAACAGCACCUUUCUGGAGACAUGGGAGGAAAUGGAGAAGCUGGUGGACGCUGGGCUGGUCAAGGCCAUCGGCAUCUCCAACUUCAACCGAAGCCAGAUUGAAGCCAUCCUGAACAAGCCAGGCCUGAAGUACAAGCCUGCCAACCACCAGAUUGAGUGCCAUCCUUAUCUGACGCAGGAGAAGCUGAUCAACUUCUGUCACUCUAAGGGCAUCACAGUGACUGCGUACAGCCCUCUGGGGUCCCCUGACAGACCAUGGGCAAAGCCAGGUGAACCGUCCCUCCUGGAGGACCCAAAGAUCAGAGCCAUCGCUGAUAAAUAUAAGAAAACAGCAGCACAGAUCCUGAUCCGGUUCCACAUUGAGAGGAAUGUUGCAGUUAUUCCCAAAUCCAUCAAUCCGGAAAGAAUCAAAGAAAACUUCCAGGUCUUUGAUUUUAAGCUGAGUACAGAAGAUAUGAACACCAUUAUGAGCUUCAACAGGAACUGGAGAAUAACCUUAAGGGAGUGGACAUCUAACCACAAGGACUACCCACUGAACGCAGAGUACUGAGCUCCUCACCUGCACACACUGACCUGAAGUCAAACCAAAACAAUUCAUAAACCAGAAAAUCAGUUGUUACUCAUUCUGUUUUAUUGACCACUCAUUCCUGAAACUGUCAUUUCUUACCAAAGACUGGACCAAGUCUCAGUGUGAAACUUCUCUCAGUGUUUUGUGUCUGUUAAGCGAGUGUCGUCCCUUAACAGUAUAUAACUAUAUAACUAUAUAACGUAUAUAAUCAUGCAGAGGGUGCUUUGAGUGUUCCUGGUUCUACAUAGAACCAUUUUCUUUACUAAAGAACCCUUGAAGAACCAUAAAAUAAAAUAUGGUAAAAUAGGGUAAAAUACAAAAUAUGCAAAUGCAGUUUGUUUUUUUAGCUUAGCUCACUCAUAAAAUAAUAUUCUGUCAUAUUAAGUGAUGAUGAAAAGUGACAAUAUUUAAGCUUUCAGAGCAGCAAAGACUAAAAGCUGGUAAGUUCUGCUUUUGUUCAGUGCAGAUCACUUGUUGUUAUCUCUCCACUGACCUGGUCAACCUGCUCUAAUGAGGACAGAAAACAGUCAGAUUAGUCAAAAUUACAUAAAAUAUAGAAUAUUAGCAUAUUGACCAGGUGAAAAGAGUGCACAGUAACAAGAGGGCGGGAUGACUGAGGUAGGACACAAUAAUAUAUAUAUCUGUAAAACACUGGAACCUGUAUAUGUUACCUGUAUAUAUUACAUCGGAACCUUUAAGAAGUCAUGUUGUGUUUUAUUUGACAUUUUUAUCUUUCUGAAAGAAACUGAAUGAAGCUGUAGAGCAAUGGAGGAUCACUGCAGGUGUACUGUAUACAGCCUUAUGUCUGCUACUUAUAUCUGAAGGUUCUCUUUGUGAAUAAAAUAAAUAAAAUAAAUUCCCCCUCCCAGAGUGGCGUGCAGCUGCUUGUUGGGGAGGUGAAGGCUAAGACAGAAGAUGACAUAUAUGCAUCAUUUAUAUAUUUAUUUAAACUAUUUAAUAGUCAUUUAUUAAAGUGAUCAGAUCCGUCACAGAGCAACUGCAAUAGUUAGAUUACAAUGUGUGUGAUUAAGUGGGAUGUUUAAUAAAAUGUUCAAUAGAGUAAUGUUUUAAAAGCUAACUGUGCGCUUGUACAUUUUGCCAUUUUUCUGUCAUAAAUGAUGCAGGUGAAUCAGAAUAUGAGUGUAAACUGUCCAAAAAUAAAACUUCUUCAUUUGUUCA